AUGAUCCAGGUCAGCAGGGCCGAGCCUCUAAUGUCCAGUGAUGUGAAAACAUGUGACCUGUCUGUUGAACUCCGAAUCGCAAUGAAAGCUAUUUUUCUCUAUAUAUUUUCUCUCUUUCUUUCUUUCUUUCUUUCUUUUUUUCUUUAUUUUCUCUUUUUUUCUCUAUUUUUCUCUAUAUAUUUUCUCUCUUUCUUUCUUUCUUUCUUUCUCUAUUUUUCUCUCUAUAUUUUCUCUCUUUCUUUCUUUCUCUAUUUUUCUCUCUAUAUUUUCUCUCUUUCUUUCUUUCUCUAUUUUUCUCUCUCUAUUUUCUCUCUUUCUUUCACUCUUUCUUUUCUAUUAAUCUAUUCUCUUCUUGCACUUUCUUUCUCUCUGUCUUUUCUCUUUCUCUUUUAUCCCUCUCUUUCUUUCUCUUUUCCCUUUCCUUCUUUCUCUCUCUCUUUUCUCUUUCUUUCUCUCUCUCUUUCUUUAUCUCUUUCUCGCUCUUUAUUCCUAUCUCUCUCUCUUCUCUGUCUUUCUUAA